GCCGACUCUGAUCAAGUCUCUUGACUCGCUAUCAACAUCGUUGCCGGAAGCCAUUGAUCGCCCGCAAACUGUCCUGCCACUUUAGAGACUGAGGUUCAUUGCGACAGCAGUCUUCUUUGUCUCUUUUCUUCUCCUGUAGCUGGGACCGCACAAUACAAUCGCCAUGGCUGCUUCGCAAGGUGUCAACGUGCUACGCUACUCCGCCCUUUUUGCUGGCGUUUUCUAUGGCCUCUACCACCAAUCGUCCCUCACUUCACAAGCCAAACAGGCGCAGAUAGAUCGCGAAUACAGCCGCAAAGAAUCAUUGAUCGAGCAAGCGCGGGCAGAAUAUUCAAAGAAGAAUGCGCCAACAGAAACUAAGACAACGAGCAGUGGAGUUAUAACCGAUCCGGAAGAUAAGAGAUUCGACCUCGAAGCGUUCAUAAAUAUGAAAGCUGCCGAAAUGGCGAAAUAAUGAACGAAAACGUCGGAGGCGGAGGGGGAGGCGGACGACUGAUGAGGGAGGCAUUAGCGACGAGAUGGCUCGGUGAAAGGUACUUGCUCCGCGGUACUCGACAGCGAAAGAGAGUACCUCAAACUCCUAAAAAAUGACCAACAGAUAAAAAAGGACAUGAGCGAGCGCCAUAUAUAUCCGAGAGAGUAUGUGGUUGGAGAACAUCCUUUUGUAUUAUUUAUAUCGUGUAACCAAGGCCCAUAUCUUCUGUGUGCAAAAGGCGAGAAAAAAGACAUUCCUCAGUUUUCUAUUUCAUUCUGUACAUAUCCCAGAUGGCGUCUUAAAGUUCUAUCCAGUUUUUUGAGAAUCCACGAAUCUUUGACCUUUUCCGAAAAUAAAACGCCGUAGAACCAAGCGCGUCACGUCCGGAGGAAGGAGAAUAGAAAUAUGUGGACUAUCAUUAAUGGGUAAGAGGAGGAUGGCGAAAUUCGAGAAGAUUCGUCUUCGGCAAACGCGGUUUGGCUACUGGCCUCUACGUGACGGAACCUAUGUUCAUUCUGCCUUGCAGAAUAUCACCGCACCUCCACCGUACCCAUAGGUCCCCUCGCUUCUCGUCUCCCACUGCCCAUCUCUCGACCCUCGUUUUCUCGUUUUUCGUUUUUCGUCUCUCAUUACAAUCAUCUGAACCUCUUCAGGGGAAAAUUAUAUCUCAAUCGCCAUGACUUCUUAGUUGUGCCGCCAGAUGCCCGAUUGCCGCUCCUCCCGAACCAGUUACCUUCGGCACCUGAGUCGUAACCUUCGGAGAGAAUAACUUCGAUUCCGCAUCCCAUUCCCAGCCUUUCCCCAUGAGCAGCUCAACCAGCUCUGGACCUGUGCUAUCCGCGCUAUCACUCAUUGUAUCUUCCCCUAUGGAAUCAAGACCUAGAUAGAGAGCAGCGGUCGACGGCCGGAUUGAUCCGUAGGCAAGACUGAUAUCUUGGAAGGUUUUAUUUUGGAAGAAAACUGUGUACAACAAUUAAUCGAAGGAACACAUGGGCAGGCGGUUUGUCUCUUUAUACGUACGUUGGUAUUGUUGAACUAGAUACUUAAUGCUUUGUGGCCAUUGUGUCGUUCUGAUGAUGCGGUAUAUGUUCUCGUAGCUCUUGUUCCAUACUGCUCGAAGGAGGGACAUGGCGCUUUGUAUUGUAGCGUCCACUUUCACGAGACUCUCUGGUAUCCUACGCGUCAGCAUAUGUGCUUCGUUACUGCAGAGGAACGAUUAGUCAAGAGCCGUAGAAGUAGGGAUGUUUUGUUCGAUUUCUGCAAACGCACAUUUCAUCUUCGAGGAGGAGGGCGAAUAGGUAGGAGGAAUAGUAUGUGCUUAGGAAUCCCGUGUCGCUGGCCAUAUGAGUAUCUCCAAACGUUAAACUGACGUCUCCUUCGAGCUCCA